UGUUGUCUUUGUCCCACAAAUUACAUUAUCAUAACCUAAAAUAAAAGAAAACAAUAUAAAUUAUUGAUAAUUAAAUUGCAAUUAAUCGAGCCUAGCAUGGUCAUUUAUGGUGUGUAUAUCGUGUCGAAAUCUGGAGGCCUGAUUUUUAAUUAUGACCACAAUUCGCCCAAAAUCGAAACCGAGAAAACCUUUUCGUACCCCCUCGACAUUAAGCUACAGUACGAAAAUAAGAAGGUGAUAGUAGAAUUUGGGCAACGCGAUGGAAUUCACGUGGGCCAUGUACUCUAUGCAAUCAACGGCAUUCCGGUGGUCGGCAGACAAAUGGACGAUGGUCGCGAUGUAUUUGAAGUAUUAGACAAUAAAGACAAUUACCCUAUAAACAUAAAAUUCGGUCGCCCAAAGAUGACAACGAAUGAAAAAAUUUUUCUGGCCAGCAUGUUUUAUCCUCUCUUCGCUAUCGCCAGUCAAUUAAGCCCGGAACCAAAAUCUUCAGGAAUUGAAGUGUUGGAAGCGGACACCUUUAAGCUGCACUGUUUUCAGACUUUAACGGGUGUUAAAAUGAUGGUUGUUGCUGACCCGAACCAAGUCGGCAUAGACAUCUUGCUUAAACGCAUUUAUGAAAUCUACGCGGAUUUUGCUUUAAAAAAUCCUUUUUAUUCAUUGGAAAUGCCGAUACGUUGCGAGCUGUUCGAUGUGAACCUCAAGACGGUAUUGGAGCAGGUCGAGAAGUCUGGUAUUUCUGCUAUGUGAUUAAAAAACUAGAUGUAUAUACAAAUAAAUAUAAUUUACACACA